ACCGCUAGGGGGCAGCAGAGUCAAACUCUACCCGGAUUACACCGUAGAAUGAACCUUUCACAGUGAGAGGGGAACACUGACACAUUUUCACAUUAUCAGAAGAAAAUCACUUUAUUUAGUGACUUUAUUGGAAUUCACAGCAUCGCCAUCAUGUCAGGUGGUCCACCAGUGAGGGUCAGCAUCGAGUCUUCCUGUGAGAAGCAGGUGCAAGAAGUGGCCCUAGAUGGGACAGAGACAUAUGUCCCUCCUCUGUCCAUGUCCCAGAACCUGGCAAAGUUGGCCCAAAGAAUCGACUUCAACCAGGAAUCUGACUCAGAGGGGGAAGCAGUCGAGGGGGAACCCAGGGAUCGGGAGUGGAACAAGCAGGAGCCUGAGGAGGAAGAAGGCACAGUAAAGUUUCAGCCGUCUCUCUGGCCGUGGGACUCGGUGCGUAACAACCUGCGCAGUGCCCUGACAGAGAUGUGUGUGCUCUAUGAUGUGCUCAGCGUGGUGAAGGAGAAGAAGUACAUGGCCCUAGACCCAGUCUCUCAGGAUCCAUCUGCUACCAAGACCCCACAGGUAUUCCAGUUGAUCAGCAAAAAGAAAUCUCUGGGCACGGCGGCUCAGCUCCUCCUGAAGGGAGCAGAGAAGCUCAGUAAGUCAGUCGCAGAGAACCUGGAGAACAGGAGGCAGAGGGACUUCAACUCGGAGCUGCUGCGACUCCGCUCACAGUGGAAACUACGCAAAGUAGGAGACAAAAUCCUGGGAGACCUCAGCUACAGAAGUGCAGGUUCUCUUUUCCCUCAUCACGGCACCUUCGAGGUGAUCAAGAACACAGACAUCGAUCUGGACAAAAAGGUCCCAGAGGACUACUGCCCGCUGGAUGUCCAGAUCCCCAGUGAUUUAGAAGGAUCUGCUUACAUCAAGGUGUCCAUCCAAAAACAAGCUCCAGAUAUUGGUGAUCUGGGGACCGUCAACCUGUUCAGGAGACAUCUGAAAACCAAAGCUGGUACCCAGGCGUGGCAUGUGAAGCUCGAGGCAGCUCAGAAUGUUUUACUCUGUAAGGAGAUCUUUGCACAGCUGUCCAGGGAAGCUGUUCAGAUCAAAUCCCAGAUCCCUCACAUCGUAGUGAAGAAUCAGAUCAUCUCACAGCCCUUCCCAGGUCUGCAGCUCUCCAUCUCAUUGUGUCACUCUACGGGAGAGAAGAAGAACCAGCGAGGGUCUCCUGAGAAACCGAAACCAGAUGACCACCUUUAUGUGCUGGAGCACAAUCUGCAUCAGAUGAUGAGAGAGUUCCACAAGCAGCAGCUGAGCUCUGUGGUGAUGCCUCAUCCCGCCAGCGCUCCCUUUGGCCACAAACGUCUCCGCCUAGCAGGACCGAUGGCCUACGACAAAUCUGAGAUCUCCAGCCUGCAGCAGAGCGAGGGGCUGCUGGAGAAGAUCAUCAAACAGGCCAAACACAUCUUCCUCCGCAGCAGGACGGCACGCACCAUCGACAGCCUCGCCAGCCGCAUUGAGGACCCUCAGAUCCAGGCCCACUGGUCCAACAUCAACGAUGUGUAUGAGUCCAGUGUGAAGGUGCUCAUCACCUCUCAGGGCUACGAGCAGAUCUGCAAGUCCAUCCAGCUGCAGCUGAACAUAGGUGUGGAACAAAUCCGAGUGGUGCACAGAGACGGACGUGUCGUCACACUCUCACAUCAGGAACAGGAGCUGCAGGACUUUCUCCUCUCACAGAUGUCCCAGCAUCAAGUGCACGCAGUUCAGCAGCUGGCCAAAGUGAUGGGCUGGCAUGUCCUGAGUUUCAGUAACCACGUGGGCCUGGGUCCGGUGGAGAGCAUCGGAAACGCCUCUGCAGUCACAGUAGCUUCUCCUAAUGGAGAGUACGCCAUCUCAGUACGUAACGGCCCGGAGAGCGGGUGCAAGGUCUUGGUCCAGUUCUCCCGCAGCCAGACCAAAGAGCUGCCGAAGAGCGACGUCAUCCAGGAGAACAAGUGGUGCCACCUGAGGGGGCCCUGCAAAGAGGUCCACUGGAGCAAGAUGGAGGGACGCAACUUUGUCUACAAGAUGGAGCUCCUCAUGGCUGCACUGACUCCCUGUCCUUAGACACAGAGCCGUGAACCUCAUCACAAAAACUCACACUAGAGGUGGACCGUGUCUAUUCCUCCUCAGCAGAGAUCAUGAACUUUUGAACUUUGCAGAUUCAGCAGUAUCUGUUGCCUUUCCAUUCAGUAACAUGUAGUCGAUGUGUACCAAACGUUUUAAAAUAAAGUGCUGACUUUGUA